CAAACUCGCUCGCUGUCUGCGCCUUUAUUGUGAAGGUCUGUGCCGGACAUCCGUGUUCCCCCGGACCGGAGCCGCUGCUCUCGGUGCUGAAGCUGCUUCUCUCCCCGACUUUGAGUCGCUCCGUGCGGCUUGUUAACCCCCCCCCCCCCCCCCCGGAGUUUAUCACAAGCCGGGACCGGUUUGUCAGGGGAGGGUUUGAGCUCGCCGUCCCCGGGGUAAAAACAGUUCGCGAACCGUGGGACGCAAACAUGACGGACAUGUCCUGAGCCGCUGUCGAAGCACGGAGCCUCCGUGAGAGACGCUGCUCUGAUGUAGCAUGUUAGCUAGCAGCUAGUACAGUGUACACACAGCGUUUUGUUCCGGACUGGACCGACUCUGCAUGACGAGCUGUGGCCGAUGUUAAGCUCGGAGAAGGCGCAGAAACCGCGGCUGUUUUCUUGAAGCGCGAGUCGAGGAUAACUCCCGGUUGUCAACCUCCAGCCCCGGGGCUGACCCCCCGGUCGCCGACCGAGUUUAAUGGCCGGAAAUCCGAGGAGGGGCGCCGGACUCAUCGGCUUGAUGAAGGACGCCUUUCAGCCCCACCAGCAGCCUCUGCAGCCGCACCAACCUGCCGUGGUCGACAAGAAAAUGGUGGAGAAAUGCUGGAAGCUAAUGGAUAAGGUGGUACGUUUGUGCCAGAACCCCAAGGUGGCGCUGAAGAACAGCCCACCCUACAUCCUGGACCUGCUCCCGGACACGUACCAGCACCUCCGCACCAUUCUGUCUCGAUACGAGGGCAAGAUAGAGAUCCUUGGGGAAAAUGAGUAUUUCCGCGUGGUCAUGGAGAACUUGACCAACAAGACUAAGCAGACGAUGAGUCUCUUUAAAGAAGCAAAGGAGAGGAUGUACGAGGAGAAUUCUCAGCCCAGGCGAAACCUCACCAAGCUGUCUCUGAUCUUCAGUCACAUGCUCGCGGAGCUGAAAGCCAUCUUCCCCAACGGCCUGUUUCAGGGCGACAACUUCAGGAUCACCAAAGCUGACGCGGCUGAAUUUUGGAGAAGGUCAUUUGGGGAUAAGACCAUCGUGCCCUGGAGGACGUUUCGUCAGGCUCUUCAUGAGUUUCACCCGAUCAGCUCGGGCCUGGAGGCCAUGGCCCUGAAGUCCACCAUCGACCUCACCUGCAACGACUACAUCUCCGUCUUUGAGUUCGACAUCUUCACCAGGCUCUUCCAGCCAUGGUCGUCCCUUUUAAGGAACUGGAACAGUCUGGCCGUCACACACCCUGGGUACAUGGCCUUCCUGACAUAUGACGAGGUCAAGGCCCGACUGCACAGGUUCAUCCACAAACCUGGCAGUUACAUCUUCAGGCUGAGCUGCACCCGGCUGGGCCAGUGGGCAAUCGGCUACGUGACAGCGGAUGGGAACAUCCUGCAGACCAUCCCCCAUAACAAACCCCUUUUCCAAGCCCUCAUUGAUGGAUACAGAGAAGGAUUUUAUCUGUUCCCUGAUGGCCGUGCACAGAACCCAGACCUCACCGGGCUGUGUGAACCGUCUCCACAGGACCACAUCAAAGUUACUCAGGAGCAGUACGAGCUGUACUGUGAGAUGGGCUCCACGUUCCAGCUUUGUAAGAUCUGUGCAGAGAACGACAAGGACGUGAAGAUCGAGCCCUGCAGGCACCUGAUGUGCACCUCCUGUCUGACCGCCUGGCAGGAGUCAGAGGGUCAAGGCUGCCCGUUUUGUCGCUGUGAGAUUAAAGGCACAGAGCCCAUCGUAGUGGACCCCUUCCACCCGAAGGCCAGCGGGGCUUCAUUCGCUGGUUUCCAGGGGUCCAGCAGAGCAGAGGCUGCUGGGAAUGACGAGGAAGAAGACGAUCGCCUGGAGGACCAGCACCUUGUCAUGAGCAGGCUGGCCUGCACCAAGGUUGAACGUCCACCAUCUCCAGUGUCUCAGCUUCCUCCAGUGCCCCCCCGACUGGACCUCUUGCAGCAGAGACCCUCCACCUCCCACAUUGCACUGGGCCAGGGAGCCACAGCCAAGAUGGGAGCGACUCACAGAGACAAGCCUCUACCUCUGCCUCCAGCCCUGAGAGAGUUGCCCCCUCCUCCCCCUCCAGAGCGCCCCUCCCUGGUCGGCCAGGACUCCAGACUUCAGAGGAGACCCCUGCCCUCAACCCCUGACCAGCCCGCCUGGGCUUCCAACUACAUGGUCCCACGUCCCGCAACCAAGGCCCCGUCGGCUCUUUCCUCCGCUCCUCAGAGCAACGAAAUCAGCGGAGAGGGAAGCAAACCUCAUUCAGCUACUAACCCCGUCUACUGUCUGGCUGCAAGGUCUCUGCCGGGAUCAGCCGUGUUGAGUGGGGAGAAGUCGUCCUCUGACUGCGAGGAGAACGAAUACAUGAGUCCCACCUCGCUUCCAGUCUCUGGUGCACCCUGGGUCAUCACAGGCUGCCUGGUGCCUCCACCACCAACACAGGCAAACCAACACAAUGACACCAGUGAGGCGGCUGAGAGCGACUCUGAUGACCCUCAAGUCUACGAGUCCAUGUGUAACAUCCAGGCCCAGGCUGCAUCGUCUGAGACGCCACAGACGUCUGAUCUGGACCACCCUCCACUCUCAGCAGCCGUUCCACAGGAGAAGGAGGACACGAGUGAGGAGGACAUUUACGAGUAUGACUGUCCCAGACCGGUCGUCCCUCCGGCCCCAACCAGAAGAACCGUGUCGGAUAUGAGCGGCCCCUCAGCGGCCUUCAGCUCCCUCAGCAUCGAUGGUGCUGUAGAAGCAAGUAUGUUUGCCGCAGGCGUCGACCCUGAACGUCCCCCCAAACCUCUUCCUCGGCGAGCCAACUCUGACCGGCGGCCUCGGCCUCUAAACCGUGAAUACUCUGCUCCUUUGCCAGACCUCCCUGGUCCCUCCUCUGCCUCCCCUCCUCCUCCUCCUGCUCCUGCUCCUGCUGCUCCUGCUGCUGCUCCUCUUCCUCCUCCUCCUCCUCCUCCCGCUGCUGCUGCUGCGGGCCCUGGAAGCCUGGCGCUGAACGGGGAGAUCGAAUGCCUGAUGUCGCAGGGCUACUCCAUCCAGGACAUCCAGAAAGCCCUGAUGAUCGCCCAGAACAACCUGGAAACGGCCAAGAACAUCCUGCGCGAGUUUGUCACCAUCCCCUCGGCGACACACAUCGCCACAUAGUCGCUCCGGUGACGCUCGUCCUCUCCGUGUGGUCUCUGUCUUCACUCUGUGCCAUUACCAUGGAUAGCAUUUAACAAGCACUUUUUCUGCAGGGCCACAAGAACUUGCCAAAAGGCUUUCCUUGCGAGGAGCGAUGCUGCGUUCACGUCAUAGCGGAAGAUGAACGAGCGACAUCUUCUGCAUCUCUUUAAUCAUUGAAAUACCCAUAAAAAGUCCCACAUAACAAACUUCAGCAGGUAAAGCUUCUCUGAGAGGAAGUCUGGGGUGGAAUUAUAGUAUUUCGAUUAACGUGGACAAUUUAUUUUUCUCUUUUCUACUUAUAUUUGCCAUUUUGAGAUUGUCGUCUCUUGGCCCAGCUUGGAGAAAGCCGAGGACGGCAACAGUAUCCUUCACUAGGCUCUUGAUAUGACCUGAAUGCAGCAUACGCAGAGAAUCAAAGCCUUUGAACGUGUGCUCUCCGUAGCAAAGCUUUGAACCCUGCUGUACCUCGCUGAGGUCGACUCGUGCUGUAGCCGCGUUUCCCCCUCGGUCUGAGCACCUCCUCUCAUUAAGCUACACUGAUGUCACCUCUGUGGAUCGUCUCUCUGCUGGCAGCCGCUCAGUUUGGUGCUUUACGAGCUUCUUGGCAAAUUUGUGGCGUACGAAGAUGUAGCGUCACGAGUUUUGGUCGUAGUGAUUAACUCCGUGGUGUGUGUGCUCAUGCUAACGAAUGUGAAUGUUCAGUUGCAGUAUCGCAGGCCUUCGUGUCGUACGUGUCACCGUGGCUCGCUCUGUUAUCUUGAUGGUUUUCUGACACGUUGACUCCAUAUCUCCUCUCAGCUCUCGAGUCAGUGACGGAUCUAUAUUGAAAUAACAAGUUUAAUGUUUAAGUACUCUCAUAACGUGUUGUGCUGAGUGUGGUACUAACAAUGGCUGAAUUUUUUGACAAGUUCAUUGUCUCAUUAACUCUGGUUUCCUGGAGGCAGAUUUAUUUAGUCAAAGCUUAUGUAUGUAUUCUCAUAUAGUUUCUUUCUAAAGAGUGAAAAGACAUUUAAAGGCGAACUGUUCGAUUUCCUGUCACAUGUUUAUGUUCCAUAUUUAUACCAGAACAAUGAAAAUCAAAUUGAAAGGGUUCACACUGAGCUUCCCUAAAUAUGCCGGAUGCCCCAAAGUGUUAGAGAAUGUGAUUUAAAUUCUAGAUCUGCCUCUUGGUUCGGAUCAGCACCAAACUUUAAUAGAUUCUCUCUUGUCCCAUCCUUCCACCAAGUUUUGUGGAAUCCGAUCAGUAUUUGUUGCUCAAACCUGCUGACAGACAAGCAGUCGGGGGUGAAAACCCCUGCAGGUGUUGUGUUGUCAUGUGGACUCAGGUACUCGGUGUUAAGUCAGGAUUACGUGAUGUGAUGCUGAAAGGACACAGAGGGAUGAUGUGAUAACGACAGCGGCGAUGUUGUGGACUCGUUUUCACAGAAACAUUCCAGUUGUUCAGUUUUCUCUGCUCAUCGUUCCCUGACUUACAUUGGAAUUUCACAUAACCCACAAUUGUUGAUGUUUUUAAAUUAGUUUGCGAGGUCGUUUCCCCGAAGCUCUCGUCGACGUUUCAGUCGCUCAGCCGCUCGUAAAAACUCGUUACAGGACAAAACCUUAAUAGUUGAGAUUUCCAACCAUGUAGUGAGACCUCACCGUCAGCUGCCUGUAAAUAAUUUACUGAUCUGCUCAGUGACUGAAACGUCAGAGUCGGAUCAGGCCUCAUCUCAAAGUCAUUCACAUUUGUUCAACAAAAAAAAGUUCACACGAACAAAGAAAUUACACAAAAUCCUCCUGUAAAGUUUUGAAAUUCCUCCGAUCAGGUGUUUAGAAUCUUUCCAGUUGAGUAACGGUCGCUCUCCAGGCGCCACUCCUCCACCUUUAUGAUGCGUCACCUCAUCAGUGCGGUUUUUAUUUCGAUCUGCACGAGGGAUCGAGCAUUAACCAACCACAGGAUCACAGGCGCGUUUAGAGUAAAGACGAAAGGAAGCCUUGAGUCGUCAGUGCAGAAUACAAGCGUAUAAUAAGAGAAGCUCCGUUCGCUGUAGAGGACGGCUGCUCCAUAUUAACGUGCACGUUAAGGAACACAGGCAGAAACUUGAGUGAGUUUCUGCCUUUUCUUUUCCAGCUUCCAGAGAUUUAAUGGUUUCUAUAGUAACAAGUACAGUAAAUGUGCCUUCUGUCAAACACCAAAACAAGCUCCCCACAUUUACUGCUUCAGUCCAACAGGUUAGAUCUUUUUGUUUCAGUCCGUCUAAUAAGAACACGUCGAGCGAUGCUUCUUCAUUUGAUCCACAUCCGUCAGAAUAUCUGUUUUCAGUUGUGACCAAGACACAAAGCUGAAUAUUUUACGAUAGAAAGAUAAUAAACGUGUUAGAGCCCCCUGGUGGAUAAACGACAGUCAAAAAUGGUAAUUAAAACAAAUUUAUUCCUUUAGCACCAAUUUACGCAAAAAUACAUUGGAAUAAAUCCACAAAGAACAAAACCGAAAUGAGCCAGAUGACAUGAAAGAAAAUAUUAAGAACUAACAACAUUCGUUAAAACGGGUUAA